CGAUCUGUGACGAACAGGAAAAACUGAACUCUUAGUCCAUUAUGUGGAUGACAUGAAUUAAUGAUUUCCUUCAAGAACAAAGUCCAUGCAAUAACCAAAAGAAAUUGACGCAAUGGAUUCUGCACCAGCUGAAAGCCUCUUUGCAACUCGUGUAUCUGAUUCGGUCCAAAGUGGUCUGAAACAGUGUCCACUAGAUGUCUCAAACUGCCCAAAAGCUUAAUUUCUUGCUUGAAAGAAUGCAUAUUUUACAUAGAGCCUCUCAAAUUUUAACUUGAGUUUUACUUCAUUUUCCGAAACAAACCUAAUCUGUCUCUCAUUUGGAUAAAAAUUAACUGAAGAAGCACUUAUUUUACAACAAAACACAUCAGAGCACUUCCUGAAGGUGCAUGUUGAAAUGAUGCUUCGGUGCAUUGUAGAUUCUACACCAGUCAGCAAUGUGCACAAUAAAUGAUCACAAACUGUUCCAGUCCAAAUUUGUAAUGAACACGGGUAGAAAACAUCCAGAGCAGGCUUAUCUAAUCUGCUCUCAUAGUGAGUGAAUUAAAAACUGUUGCAGUAGCAUUCAUCUCUGAACACCACAUUCUUCAGAUACACGCGUCAAACUACUGACAAGUCAGUACCUGGACUUAAAAAGUGAGGAGUACAAUUUUCUAGCCAACUGCGUAGGGAUUUCCUUAUCUAUAUUUUUGUUUAAUGAUUGUCGAGGGUAGUCAAAGUACAGUAAUCAUAAUUGUGAAGCAGUUGUUUUUAAUGCCAUUGUUGUGUUUGUUUUUAUCUCUUUAUCUAUAAUUUAAUAGAAAUCCUACAAACACAUUUUUGUUGGCAUUCAUGGGGUCUGUUAUAAAUACAAUGGACAGACUGAUUUUCUUCUUUUUCAUUUCAAUUACAGGCUGACAUGUGUAGUCACGUGUGUAAAUGCUCGCAAAGAAUAUUACAAUACAGUGAGUCAGUCAUUGUCCAGUUUAGCAGCUCAUUCCUUCGCCCAGCUCUUACUCAUCUUUACAAACAUUAACAGUAUGUGCCAUUUUACAUUAACUUGUUUUAAGAUUUGACUGGAACUGAUGUUCUCAUCAAGAGUGACUUAAAUGAAAUCAACCAUAAAAUCUCUAUUCAAUAGAUUUCUAAUAUUACAAGUAAUUACACUUAAUAUCUGUUGUACUGACAUAAAGGCACCAGCCAACAGCUUGCACCUACUUUUCCACUAUUUAUUACCGUAGUUGUCACAUAUUUAGUAAAGCAAUGUAAUCACAUUACCCCGAGUUACCCAACCAUAAAGGUUUAACCGGUCCUGCCUCCUGAAAUUCCUCACAUAAUGAAUGACUACUGAGUAACCUGGAGUUGUAUAAAGACCCAUCCUGGGUGUGAAUGGAGACCCCUUGACAGCAGAAAAUGUCAGAACAAACCACUAGAUUAUCACCUUUUACGAUCACUGGAAUUAUGGCUGACUUCAGUACCGUGUGUCCUUGGUGGAUUAUUAACUAAAGCGAACUAAUCUUUAUAGUCUGCCGAAAGCAUCAGAGUGGACCAGAUUCCUGCGAAUUACAGGACUUGUACGGUGGUUGAAGUGUCUCAUUCUUCUACUAUCAGUCGGAGCGACUCUGAUAGUUGAUGGUUGGAUUGGAAAAAGCCGAAAACAACAGAGGAAGGACUAAAACCCUGAAAUCUUUGAAUUUAUCUAUUCUUUGUUUGAAGGUUUGAAGGGAAACUUUUAACAUGAGAGCAGCUGAUUUAAAAACAUCUCGCAGUUGACAGCGUCUGAAAUGCACUGAUAAGAAUUUUUCUGUUUGUCUUUAGUGUGUAUUUCUGCUGUUGGUAUUGGUAUACAACUGGAGUUGAGGACAAUUUCAGGAUAAGUUAGAGGGAAGAACAUUAAACGUUAGCAAGCUUGCAUAAUACAGAAGUAUUCUUAACGACAGUUCAGAGAGAAGCUCCUUCUGCUGAACUAACCAUGGUUGGUACAGGUGGUCAAGUGGCCACGUUCUCUGUGUGGGACUAUGUGGUGUUCGCUGGCACAAUUGUCGGGACAGCUGGCAUCGGCCUUUUCCAAGCCAUACGAAGCCGCAAGGACAUCAGCAGCGCCGAAUUCCUGCUGGGAGGACGGCAAAUGACAGCUGUGCCAGUUGCCAUGUCGCUCACUGCCAGCUUCAUGUCUGGCAUCACUGUCAUUGGCACACCUACUGAGGCCUACCGGUACGGAACUGCCUUCUGGCUCUUCGGCUUCUCCUAUGCCAUCAUGUCUGCCGUCACUGCUGAGAUCUUUGUCCCGCUCUUCUACAGACUGCAGAUCACCAGCGCCUAUGAGUACCUGGAGUUGCGCUUUAGCCGGCCCAUUCGGAUAAUUGGGACAUCAAUGUACAUCGUACAGACGGCCCUGUACACCGGUCUGGUCAUCUAUGCUCCAGCUCUUGCGCUAAAUCAAAUCACAGGACUUGAUCUAUGGGGAGUGCUGGUGGCUACAGGAGCGGUGUGCAUCCUCUACUGCACUGUGGGCGGUCUGAAAGCAGUAAUCUGGACAGACGUGCUGCAGAUGGUGAUCAUGCUGGCAGGUUUUGUGGCUGUUAUAGCUAGAGGAGCUGUACUGCAGGGAGGCCUGACGAAGAUCUGGGAAGACGCCGGCCAAGGAGGCCGACUAGAGGCGUUUGAUUUUGACCCGGAUCCUCUGAAGCGGCACACUUUCUGGACUAUCGUAGUCGGUGGGAGCAUCAUGUGGGUGUCCAUCUACUCAAUCAACCAGUCCCAGGUGCAACGCUACAUCUCCUGCAAAACCUUGGGACAUGCCAAGAUGUCUCUGUAUGUGAACAUGGUUGGCCUGUGGGUGACUGUGAGUCUGGCUAUGUUUUCUGGCCUCACCAUGUUCUCCAUUUACAAGAACUGUGACCCAUUUACAAACGGCGAUAUAACCACCCAAGACCAGCUGCUGCCCUACCUUGUGAUGGAUAUUCUGGCAGACUACCCAGGAAUCCCUGGCUUGUUUGUGGCUGCUGCAUACAGUGGGACUCUUAGCACGGUGUCCUCCAGCAUUAACGCCCUUGUUGCCGUCACCAUGGAAGACUUUAUUCUUCCACUGUGCAAAAACCUGACAGAGAAACAGGUGUCUUGGCUGAACAUGGGUCUGAGUGUAUUAUUUGGUGCCCUCUGUAUUGGGAUGGCUGGAGUUGCUUCAGUGAUGGGAAGCGUUUUGCAGGCAGCUCUGUCCAUAUUUGGCAUGAUCAGCGGGCCUCUUCUUGGUCUUUACCUUUUAGGCAUGCUGUUCCGCACAUCGAAUUCAAUAGGAGGGCUUGUGGGAAUGAUCAUUGGUCUAGUGUUGACUCUGUGGGUGGGGAUCGGAGGCCAGAUUUACCCACCAACAGUUGGAAAGACAAAUCCUCUCCAUGUCAGCACGGCCGGCUGCAACAACACAAUGGGCCAAAACUACACAACGACAGCUCCGUGGACAAGUGCAGUGCCUGAUGUAAGGCCUCCUCUGGCAGAGACCUGGUACUCUCUGUCCUACCUCUACUUCUCUGCCUUGGGUACACUGACCACAAUCGUGUCUGGACUGCUGGUGAGCAUGAUCACAGGAGGAUGCAAGCAAGAUAAAAUGAACCCUGAUCUGUUUGUGAAGACGAGUGACCUGAUCUGCUUCAGCAGAUGUAGUAAAUCAGAGGCAUCAGAUGUCACAGAAAAGGCUGCAACAGAUUUUCAUAUGGAAGCUGACAACCCAACAUUCACAGACUCUGACGUGAAGAGUAAACAUGUUGAAAAAGCCUCCAGACUGUAACGCUGCUAUUAUCGAUACAUUUUUCCUUCGUGGAUACAAUUUAAUGCAAUUGUUUUUAUAAACAUAUAAAUGACAAGUCACAAUUAUUUUGCUGCUAAAUCCCUGUGGUGCAUUUGAUUUGCAAAAACAAAUAAUUGUAGCUCCAUUAGCAGCAUGUGCCUAUUUAUGUUGAUAUGAAUUAUGAUGUUUGAAACAUGUUGCUUGAAUUAAAAUACUAAAUAAUUAAAAUUUCACAUUAAGAGCUUGACAACUACUGAUAAAGGUCGGCAUAACUAAAACGGAAAUUUAAAAGGAUAUAAUUGAAAUUACAGAGCUUGCCUAUUUAUGUUGCUACUCUACUGAGGUGCUUAAACAACAGAAAAAUACAAGAAAUGUACAGCAGGAAAAUCUUCUGCAACAUAUGGUGGGAUAACAUAACCCAUUAAUUAAACUACAGCAUUUCAGCUAUCAUAGCCUAAUAUUCAUUAGAACAACGGGGGGAAAAAAGCUUUUAAAAUAACACAAGGUCACCACAUCAUUUGCCCCACUAUGACUGAGCUGCUCCCAUUUCCUGUUAAGCAGCCAUGUGGCAACUUUACUUUUAUUGCCCCUUUGUUCAAUUGUUCUCCCUCAUAGCAGCUGCUAUGUUGUCUAUGUGAAACGUGUCCUCCUUCAUGUCACGCUGACACAGACAAGCACACUGUUUGAUAUUUUACAAUAUGUGCGAAGGCAUUACUGUAUUGAAGCAAACAUUGGGUAACUGUUUGAGUUGUGUGUUUAUUUGUUAUUUGUAUAUGGAAAUUGCACACAAAUUUAUGAACUACCUGUAUGAAUUAGUCACAAAUUCUACUUGUUAAUAAACAUUUUGUACAAAGUUCAACCGUGUUGACUGAAAACACAUACACAAGCAUACAAAUUCAGCACAGAGAACUCCAGUGAGUGUAGUAUGACCUUUGUAUGUUUGUGAGAUAGAAUACAGGAGAGUGAAGCCAAGAAAAAUAUUUUUACAGUGCAGUUAAUGCUUUGGCAACGCACUUACUCUUCUACUCAGGGCUGUAAAAUGUAUUUGAACUGAGCAACAAGGGAGAGGCCGACAGAGGGAGAGAGAGAUUGAGCUUUGGUCGAGGUAAUAACCGUGUCCCUUGUCUCCUUGGCAACAUACAAUAAAGGAAGUUUACAAAGACCUGACCUGCCCACUUUCACCUGCCACUUUGCCAGCAAAUCAACACGAGCUGUUCCAGGUUUAUAGGAAGUGGAGAGUCGUCCGUGACAUGGAGGCAGACUCGCUGACAGGGAAGUGAACUGAGUUACUGUUUUCACUGAUUCUAACAAAACAAGGUGAGUCUGAUCUGUCGUUUACUUCUUAAUCGAGGUUUGGACUCGCUACAUAUUUCGCAUGAGAGGAAGAUUAGGAAUGUUUCCAUCGACGUAACUACAAAAGACUAGAAAAGAGUUAUGUGUUUUCUUAGUGCGUACACAGUCAUGUUUAGCAUGUCUGAAGUUGUUUCCUGCAACAGAGCUGUUAUGUAAUACAUAUGACCUACUUUUAAAAGGUCAUACACCAUAUUUAAGGUAUUGUUUUCACUGCACAGUGUUUAGGUUCAAACUGAAUAUUACUAAGAUAAGGGAACAGUGCAUUUAAGUGUUUUUCAGCCCAUGUCUUGUUUCCAUGUACAGAACUAAAUGGCCAUGGAUUCCACCUUCGCUACCCUUGCUUGUUACCUUCUGGCCCUUUCUUUUGCUGUGGCACAAACACAAAUUGGAAAUUCGACCGUCGCACCUACAAUAACAACCCCUGGCUUAAACAUGACUCAGACAACGAUAUCUUCAUCCAACUCUACUGUACAUGUAACUGUUACCUCAAACAUGACUGAGAACACGACUCCAUUUACCAGCAUGACCGGGGACAAUGAAACAUCCACCGAAACUACAGCAGCUACAAAUGAGAGCACAAGUCACCUCCAGACGUCUCAGUCAACAACCAUCACGACUCCUUUAACAAACAGUACAUCACUGACGACCACAACACCUGGCACUCCAACAUUUACUGCACUGACGACACCAACAACACAGACCACAGCAGGUAACAUAAGUACAACUGAUACUACAGUAGUCACAACUGCAAAUACAUCUCACACUGUCAACACAACCACCGAUUCAACGGACAGAACCACACAUGGUAAGCAUCAAGCUUCGGUUUUAUUAAUUAUCUAAUUGCUCAAUGUAAGUUAAUAUUUAACUUGUGAAUGACUUUAAUUUGUUCCCUUUGACCUGUGUUAUUAGGUUUGGGACUAAACGCUUCAGAAAUGAAUAUGACUGUUGUCUUCAGCGUUGCUCUUGGAGUGUUUGCUCUGGUAUUGGUUGUGUUCGUGUUUCACAGAUGUAAACAUAAAAUCCAAUACUUGCAUCAACCUCUAAACAACACUGGUGACACGGGUAAGGACCUCCCCUUCAUCACACAAUCAAUACCUUCUAUUUCGUCUGUCUAUUAGCAGUUCAAAAUACCUAUUUCAUUUUCAUCAGAUGAAUUUGUGGCAGACGAUGACACACUCGUAAUUUCUGGAGGACUUUAUGACGGCCAUCCAAUAUACGACAACGUGCCAACAGCCCCAGCAGACCAAUCUCAAUUCCGUCUCCAGUUCCUUCAUUAAGGAGAGAGUUCCUACAGUUUGAGGUGUGACCUUUGGCGUCUGACAGGAUGGACAGAACCCAAUUUUCCUCAUCCACUAAUUAGUACAAUUUCAAGACUGUGAGAUUUAAAUUCUUCAUGAGAGGCUGACGGCAGAGAGGAAGGGAACAUUACGAUGGGCAGAACAUUCAAACAAGGACAAUGCUGAUUGAUUUGAACUUUACAUUUACUUAUAUCACUGUCUAUACUAGGAUACAUUAAUAUAUUAAAUCUCUUAAGAUAGUAAUAAAUAACUACACCGUUUUCCAAACCAACAAUAUAAAUUUGUUCAGAACAAAUGAGAUUUCUUGUGAACACCAGUAAAGAUAAAUUAUUCAAUACAACAUCGCAACAACAAACAGAUUUUUGUUCAAAAUACUUAAAAGCGUAGAGGGUGACUCUGCAGUCACUUCAAAUCUACCUCCAAACCCCAAACAAACUGACACCUAUAUCAUUCUGUUGUUAACACUACUGUUUAACUGAUCCAUAACAAUACGUUCAAUGCAUGUUAAGAAAUAAAUUGGCCUCUUAUUAUUAUUACUACUGCCUAUUUGAUCCCUAACAGUGCCUUAUAUGCAUGUCAACAAAUUUGGAAUAUGAACAUCUGAACCUUUCUAAUAGUAUUGUGAUUACAGUUUAUCUGACCUGUAACAGCACUAUUUAUGCAAAGAUCUUCUCAUUGGUCGUCUUCUUUUUUUUGUCACAGCCAGUAACAGCGGUCCAACCAGCAUCUCUCAUCCUUUUCAUUGCAGCUAAUUUCAAGGAGUUCCCUGGUGAUUUCUGAGUGACAGGGCUCUGGAUCUGAACAAAAUGUUGAUUCAAUUUUUUUAAAUAAAAAUUACCAGUCACCAUUAUUAUUUUUUUUGUCCAUGAAUACAAUGCAAUGAAUCUCAUUUCUCGAAUAGCAUGUUACCUUUUUGAAGAUGUUGAGUUUGCAGUGUGGAGGAGAGUAAUUGGGUGCGGGUGCACUUACAAAGGUCUGCCAAGAAGAGAAAGAGAAGGCCAAUUCAGCUCUGCUGGCAAUCUUGCACAAAUGAUAAAAAAACAACCCACACAACCGAGGAUAUUGCAUUCUUUUGA